AUGUCGCGGGCUGUCAGCUCGAUAGCCAUCUGGACCAUGUCGAUGUUCCGCCGGCAAGCCAACGACAAUCAUGUCACAAAGACUUAUCAAGGACUGGCCAUCGAGCGUGUAAGAAGGGCCAUCGAAGACCCAACAGAAAGGAAAAGCUACGCAACCAUCCUGGCUGCUUUAAUCUUACAACUUCAGGAGAAUCUUACAGCAGUUCAUGAACAAUACACAGCCAAAAGCACGCAUCAUGACGGUGCUGUGGCAUUGAUUACCCAGGAUGGAUUAGAUGCUAUAUGUACACAACACAAAAGGUACUUGUUAUCGCACAUCCUACACACUGAAGUCUCCUCCGCCAUUCGGGGGCAGCGCACGGUGCGAAUGUGCUUGGGUUGCUGGGACGUAGUGCCUGAGAAUGCUAGCACGAAACUUGACUUGAUAGGAGUCUCCAUCGCCAACUUGCGGCACCAUGUCACCCAACUGUUCUCAGGCGAUUUACAGAAGAAUUCGAAUGUCCCGGCGCGGCCUCAGAUGCUUGAAAAGACACAUUCCGAGGCCAAAAGAAUUUACACGGAUCUUAUCGCAUGGUCUCGCGUUCCAUAUCACCUCGGCAACCGCCAAACAGUGGCAGCUAUCAGCGACCUGAUCGACACAAGCCUUUCUUUCCCCAGUUUCCAUGACUUCAAUCGGUCUGACCCCAAGCUGCCGGAAUAUAUUCGAAAUGGUGACUUCAUGUCAUUACGAGAGCACACCAACCACGUCAUCGUGCAAGGACCCUGGCACAUCCUCAGUACGCUUACCCAUGUGCUCAACCUUGUCUCGGAGGGGAUUGGUAAUGCGAGCGGCGAGGACAUCGGCGGGAUCAGCCACUUGAUACGCCCCGGCCAAAUCAUAUGGAUGCAAGACCAAGUCGUUCGCAUAGCCCGGCUGCAGAACCUUGGAAACAUCCAUGCAGGCAGCGAUGCAAGUGAUAUUGACGCCGACGCCACCAAAUUCAACUUCUCAACAGGAACUUGUCUUCCCCAAUGGGAUGCAUGGACACAAGGAGGUGUAGACAGACUCGUCAGCUGCAUAAGAGAAGGAAUGAAGUGGUCAAGCGGGUCAUAG